AACAAAUCAUCAUCCUUUUUUUAGCAUUGAUUUUUGAAUAAUUAGGCGUCCCAGCUGAAGAGUGAAGCUCUCAUGGCCACUGAAGAUGAGCCCCGGUCAUCACUCACCUUCCCUGGACUAGCAUCCCUGCGAGAGGGCAUAACAAGUAGGGCGCUAGAGUCAGAGAUUAACUCCCUUCAGGAAACGACCGUGGACCGAUCCAGGGCCACAGGGAACGAUUUGGAGGCGCCUCAGGGAGAUGACGAUAACAUCAGUGUCUCGCGAGGACCCAAACAAGAGCAGCAGCGCCGGCGGCGACCCUUGUCGCUGGCUUCAGCGGCUUUGCCGUUUAUAUUAACGAUCCUGACGUUCUAUAUUUAUUACAUUUAUGUUGUGCAUGUGUGCACCCUGUAUCUCAUAGCUUUCAGCAUUUUUGUCAUGCUCUACUCUAUCUCUUAUGCUUUGAGCAUUUAUUGUGGUCCUGGAUCACCAUUGAAAUAUUUCUACCAAUCCCACCAAUGCCCAAUGCAGCCUCCAAUACGCGCAACGCCACCGCCCAUCCCGCCUACAACUACACCCUAUCAACCACAACCGUCUUUUCCAGCCCCUUCACACUCUGAACGGGAUGAACGUACCGCAUCAGGAUUAUCAGUGCCAGCCCCGUCAAUUACACAGCCUUCCACAUUUAAAAGGUCAAGAGAGCCAUUGAAUUCAGCUGGCCCAAGUCCCCACUUACUACCUAUCACAAUGACAUCAAAAUACUCAACUGCUAGCGCCAUCCCAGCGAGGAAUACACACUCAGAUUCAAGCAUCCCAGUAAUGCUUCGCGAGCGCCAUGCCGACGCGAGCACAGAUGUCGGUGAUUUUAUUCCGGAGCCUCUUUAUGGUAGCAGUGAUCGGAAUGAGGGUAGGCCCAUCGGGGGUAUUGGUAGAGGCAAUUGUACUAAUGUUGAUAUCUCUGAUGUGGUGACGCGGUCGUGCCAGCCAACGCAAAGGGACAAUCUUAUGUCCCCCAUAGCAACGUUAAGCAUUUGCAAGCAAGAUGGCCGUCCUCGUUAGUGCGAUAUCUGUAAAAUCGCCAAACCGGAUCGGUGUCACCACUGUUCAGAAUGCAAUUGCUGUGUAUUGCGGAUGGACCAUCAUUGCCCCUGGGUGAAUGGAUGCAUUGGGUUUGGCAACUACAAGUACUUCUACCUGUUCACCUUUUAUGGCUCUAUUUCGGCACUCUGGGCUACAGCAACUAUGGCCACUUUACUACCAGAAGCGCUUGAGCGAUGUAGUUCGAAUGGCGGAAGUAUGUGGAAUAUAAUUGAGCGGCCUGAAAGCGAGCAGAGUGCCCCAUGUAGACUUGAUGCUCAGUGGGUUAUAGGCAUGGUGGCCACAUUCCUGUUGGGAACGGUUAGUGCUCUAUUUACAGCCACGCAUACAUACUAUAUCGUGACUAAUCGAACAGCGGUC